AUGGCCUCGCGGUAUAGUCACGGUGUUCAGCGAGUUUUAGCAAAAUUAGAAGCGUCCAUAAAUUCGGGAAAUUAUUAUGAGGCUCAUCAAAUGUAUAGAACUUUAUAUUUUAGAUAUCUUGGACAGAAAAAGUAUUCGGAACUUUUGGACUUACUAUAUAAUGGUUCUACAAUUUUAUUACAGCAUGAACAAUAUGCCAGUGGAGCAGAUUUAGGAAUUUUAUUUGUAAAUGUAUUAACACAAUCAGGGACAGAACCUUCUCAAAAUUAUUUUGAAAAAAUUAGAAGCUUGUUUAGUUUAAUGAACCCUUCCUCACCUGAAAGAGAUACAUUUGUGCAAUCUGCCCUUCGAUGGAGUAUAAAGAAUACAGAAUAUAAGACAGGUCAUCCUGAUUUACAUCAAAAGGUAGCACAAGUGUUUUGGAGAGAAAAAAACUAUAUAAUGGCAAGACAACAUUUCAUACAUAGCAGAGAUGGUUCUGGAUGUGCUGCAAUGCUUGUAGAACUUCAUGAACAACGUGGCUAUACAAAUGAAAUAGAUCUUUUUAUUGCUCAGGCAGUUUUACAAUAUCUAUGCUUAAAAAAUAAAGCAACUGCACAGGAAGUUUUUAAUUCUUAUAUUUCACGACAUCCAAAAAUAAACAGUGAUCCACCGUAUCUUCUUCCUUUACUGAAUUUUUUAUUCUUUUUAUUAAAAACAAUCGAUGGUGGUAAACUCGCUGUGUUCACAGUACUCUGUGAACAGUAUCAAAUAUCUCUAAACAGAGACCCAUGUUAUCGACAGUACUUAGAUAAAAUAGGACAAUUGUUUUUCGAUAUCCCAUCUCCGCGUCCACGCAUUCAAGGAGUAUUCGGUUCUCUUUUACAAUCUUUUUUUAAUGAUCUUGAGGAUGAAGAUUCAGAUGAUGAACACAGAAAUACAGCUUCAACUUCACACACAGCACAAGAACUUGACUGA